UGAUGAUUAUAAAAACAUGGCGUUUAAAAAAAUAUUUUUCCUCCUUACAUUUUUGGAAUUUUGCAGUAUUUAUAAUGCUCGGAAUACAGACAAUUUAGCACCCAAGAUGCAUGAUAUUCAUAGCUUUGAAAUGAUACAAGAUAAGAGUGCAAACGUUGGACCGUCGAGGAGAAGGAGAGAUUUAACUGAACUUCUUGAUCGACGAAAAAAAAUAACGAAAAGGGAUGCAGAUGAUGGAACUUGCCAAAAACAAGAAGAUAAAGUCCGCCAAACAUUGUCUGACCAGUCUGUUAUGAAAGAGUUUAUUAGAAAUAGUACAUUUGCUAAUGAAACCAAGUACAGUAUGGCCCUGUCAUGGGUUGAUGAGAAUAAAGGGAAAAUCCUAGUGGUAACAACAGAAGAAAACCAAUCCUUUUUUGGAACCUAUGCAAAACCUUCCACAGUAUAUUUAAGCCAAGAUGAUGGUAAAUCAUUUAAGAAUAUCUCAGAAAGAGUGGACAAUGCCUUCAUCAGAAAAACCAAUGGAGUCCAGAAGCACCCAUUGGACAGCAAUACAUUGUAUUUAGUGGCUUACAAGACGCCAGGUACGACGUCCUUGCUGUAUAUCACAAACAAUGGCGCAGACACGUUCCACAAGUACGAUUUGCCCUUCAUGCUGAGUAAAGAAAUUGUCUUCCAUCCAAAAAAUAAAGAAUUUAUGCUUGCCCAUGCUGACAAUACAAAGGGUCUUUAUCUCUCAAGAAGUGGUGGUGAAACUUGGAACAAAAUCCAUGACUUUGUCAUAGAUUUUAAAUGGGGUGUGGGGGAGAAUGAUGGUGAAGGGACGAUCUAUCUAACAACUGACCCUGGCAAACAGCAAAUGGUCCCCGGAAAUAUAUUUUCUCACUUUUUUGAGAGUAACGACAAUGAACUCAGGAAGAGCGUCGAUUACGGGGAUCACUGGGAAACUAUAAAAGAACAUGUUUAUACAUUCGGUCUCCAGGGGAAGUUUCUUUAUAGCUCUCGACGCGUCAAAGAUGAUAACCAGGCCAGGAUUAUGGAAGUUUCAACCGAUAGCGGAAAGACAUGGAAUGAGGCACAGUUACCGACCAUUGAUCAAGAUAGGUUUUAUUCCAUCUUGGAUAUGUCGGAGGACCUCAUCUUCAUGCAUGUGGACAAUCCAGGAGAUACGGGUCAUGGGACUCUAUACACAUCAGAUGCUACAGGGAUCAUAUUCUCCCAGAGCCUUGAGAAACACCUCUACCCCAACUAUAGAGACAUCACAGAUUUCUAUAAGGUUAACUCAAUGAGGGGUGUGUACCUUGCUAGUCAGAUGAGUGAUGACCAGUCAAUCCGCACAAUGAUCACAUUCAACAGAGGGGCUGAAUGGAAUCCUGUCAGACGUCCACAGGGAGCAGCUUGCCAUGAUGAGAGCAAGCCAUGUUACCUACAAAUUCACAACCAGUACAGCAUCUACAGAGGAGUGUUAGCCCAGUCUCCCCUGAGCAUCAGCAAUGCAGUAGGAAUCAUCAUUGUACAUGGUCAUGUUGCUGACUCACUACAGACAACAGAUCCAGAUGUAUUUGUAAGCAGUGAUGGAGGGUACAACUGGUAUAAGUCCCUUGAUGGACCCCAUCAUUACCAAAUUGCUGACCAUGGUGGACUCAUCGUAGCAGUACCUUCGAAAACAAAAACCCCAAAGGUUGUAAAGUUCUCUACUGAUGAGGGAAGAUGCUGGCACGAGUAUGAAUUUACGAAGGAGAACAUUGUUUUUACGGGAUUAUUGACGGAGCCGGGAAAUAAAGCUAUGAGCGUAGGAAUCUGGGGUUUCGGAGAGUUGGACAGAAAAUGGCGGGUCCAUGUUGUUGAUUUUACUAAAGUUAUCAAAGAUUCAUGUGGGGAUAAUGACUAUGAAGAAUGGGUAGCACAUAGUGAGAUGCACCAUGAACAAGACAGCAAAUUCCAUGGAUGUUUACUGGGCAAGAAGGAAGUUUUCAAAAGACUGAAGAAGGAUUCCAUGUGUAAAAAUGGCUAUACUCAUGAGGUUAACAAACAGGAAAGUACGUGUGAAUGUACAUAUGAUGAUUAUGAGUGUGACUUUGCAUAUAUUCGUAAAGAUGAUAAAUGUGUCAAAGAUCCCAAUUUUAAGCCUGGUGAAAGCAAAGUAUGCGUAGCAGGCCAUGAAGAAAAAAUUGUCACAUCAGGAUAUAGGAAGAUCCCUGGUGAUGUCUGUGUGGGGGGAACACAACCUGCAAAAGACAAAGAAAUAGAUCUGAAUGAACUCUGCAAUGAGGGUGACAAGACUGUAAUCAUUAAAGAAGAGCUCCCAAUGCCACAUUCUGGGCCUGAGGGACCAGAGAGUGUUGGACGUGGCGGUGGCACAGUGGCUGCAGUUGUCAUCAUUGUCAUAGUUCUGCUAAUUGUAAUUUUCCUCGUCAUACACUUCGGCAGGAAGUACAAUUUCUUCAAACGAAGGACUCCCAGUUACAGGUACUCCAUGCUGAAUCAGAGCCAAGAGGAGUAUGACUAUGACAAUGAACUGGAGAAUGCUCUGGCCAACACAACAUCAAGCGUCUGGAAUGACUCCGAUGAUGAUAUUUUGGGUGGAGGUGGAGCUUCAGGAAAAUCUCGAAGAAACUAUGACUCCGUCAACAAGCCUGGCCGUGACUCAUCAAGCAAAGUACCCAAGCCUGCAUUUAAACCUGGUCCCACCUCAAAAGAUCAAAAAGUGAAAUCCUAUCACGAUGACUCAGAUGAUGACUUGCUGGAGUAACUAAUCCUGAAAGAAGACAAAGAUACUGUAUUCCAAAACACAAAGUCCCAUGAACGCAAACUGGCAAAGAUGACUGUGAUAUUAUGCCAUGUACCAGAAUGUGUCAUAAGAACUCAGAUCUGUUCAUCAAAAUUGAAUAACGGAAUAGUUUGUGUGCUGAACAGCAUUUCGCAGAUCA